AUGCCCAGCAGCUCGCAGUCACACCUGUUAGCUAUUUCUCCACUCCGUGCCUCCGCCCCGGCAAACGCCUCCCGCACAGCCCAGGAUCCGCGGGCAGAGCGGCGGAAGGGGGCGGAGAAGCAGGGCCGGCUGUCUUCAGAGGACCCCCUGCGGGACUCGGCCGGGAGGGGCUGCGAGGCGGGAGAGGUCGAAACGGGCGGCGAGGGCAUGGGGAGGGCCCGGGGAAGGGGCGUCUCUGCCGGCGAUACGCUGCCAGAGCCCGCAGCCGAGGCGGCGGAGCUGCGCCGCGGCCGAGAUGGGGUUUGCACCGGCCUCUGCAUUUCUGCUCGCAGCCCCCGCGCCGCCGCCCCUCGCCGGGCCGCGGCGCCCGUUAGGCCGCGCAGGCCGGCGCGGAGGGGCGGCGCGGCGCGGCGCCCGGGGGCCCCCGGCGGGCGGGGAGGCGAGGCAGCGGCCGGCCGCCCGGAGCCGCUGUCCACCGCUGAAGCUCCGGCCAAGGGCGCCGCGCUGCCCGCCUGGAUGCGCCUCUACUUCUACGGGAUGCACGGGAUCACCCUGGACGUGCUCGAGUCCUCGGCGCGGCGCUUCGCCCGCAGCCCGGACCUCCGGAUGCUGGGCUUCUCCUCGCCCUACCGCUGCCUCCUGCACUCGCUCACCCACUUCGCCCUGGAGAAGGUCUACCUGCAGCAGCGGCGCUGCCCCAGCGCCUUCGUCUUCAAUUUCCUCCUGUACCCCUCGGCGCACGUGGGGCUGCAGACCCUGGCGGGACAGGCGCUGCUGCUCAGCCUGGGCGGCGGGCCGGGGGGCGCGGCGGCGCCGGGGCCGCUGGACCUGGCGCUGCAGUACGUGCUGGCGCUCUACCACUGCCAAGUGUUCCUGAAGCGCUUCCUGCGCUUGCGGUACCAGCGGCAGCAGCAGCAGCCGCAGCAGCGGCGGGGCGCGCCCCCCGCCCCUCUGGGCACCCGCGCCCCUGCGGCGGCCAGUGGCCGGCGGCGACGACCCCGCGGCCCCAGGGGCGCCAGGGGAGCCCCCGGCCAGGGGCUGCCAGACCUGUUCCGCUUUCUUUUCUUCGGAAUGCACGGCUUUUUGGAUGAGAUCUUCUUCACCUUCUUCUUUAACGUGCUGGGGCAGGGGGACGGGGCAGCCAGCGGCCACACGUCGCUCUGGUCCUUCUUUAUGUACGGCAGCUGCAGUUUCUUGGUGGACAAGCUCUACGUCCACCUCCACUACAGUCGCGGCUGGGGCACCUGGAAGAGGGUGCCCAUUUACGUGAUCUUCAUCUACGUGUGGGAGUUGUCCUGGGGUCUGGGACUCCGCACCUGCGGCGCUUGUUCCUGGGACUAUUCGCACUACCCGCUCAAUUUCAUGGGCCUCAUCACCCUGAUGUAUUUACCUGGCUGGAUAUUCCUGAGCGUGUACCAGGACCUACUUUCCAACGUGUUGUGGGGGGUGCAGUACCUACCAACUAACUGAGACCCCCAAAAAAGGGUCACUGAUUCCCCCGAAUGAAUGCGACUUAUUUUUACACGUUUAAAACGGAGUGAUGGUUUUUUUAGCCUUUUAAUUUUUCUACGUUUUACUAAAUUCUUCCAUGUUUUAUUCGACAUUUUAGUUUUCUAACUAUUUGGAACCUAUGCAUAAUAUAAUACUUUGAAAUAUUACUCGAAACGUAACUCAAAGUACUUAACUCGUCAAUAUUUAAAACACUUAUGAACCCAAACAGCAAGACCAUUAUACCUUAACAUCGGAAAGCUGCAGUGUUCACUUACUUGGGCAUAGGAGGGUGAUAGCUACUAAUCUUUUUUUUUUCUUUUGGUGAGGAAGUUCUUCGAAUCAGAGACUAGUGAUUUUUACAAGAUUUGGGGAAAUUUUCUGACUUGAUGAUUUGUUGACUUUCUUUUUAAUCCAAUUUCAUUUUAAUUCCUUGCCAUAUUUCCCAAUAACUGCUGAAACUCAGUGUCGAGUACUCCUGAAACUACAGUUAAUAGCUCUUAAAGUGCCUCCGUCUAGCACACAUGUGAAAAGAAAUUGACCAAUGUGAAAAGACAUCCUACGAAUCCAUUUUUACAUAAGAAACCUUUUCUAGCAACUCCGACAGAUGACACUGUGUUAAGAUAUUUGAUCUCCAUGUGGAAAUGAUUACUUUCCAGUGUGGUUUAGCCUUAAGCAUCCAUUGUGUUAACGUUGAUCAGAUCCUGUGUUUUCUAUGGCUGUCAAUUUUUGUUACUGUGCAAUAAUGUAAAACGUUUACCUUACAUGUCCAAGGGCCAAGCGAAAUUAUAGCACCCUCAGUAGUGUUCUAAGGGUAAGGACUCUUUUCCACAGGGAGCUUCAAGAGUAGAAACGUUCCUUGGAAUAAAAUGAACCUGAAUGUUCGCCCUAAUUGUGUUAGGCCUAAUUGUUUUCUGUGAAUACAGAUAUAUGUUUUCAGCAUAUUUCUGCCAUGGCUCACUUGUAAACAUUUUUCUUUUUCCUUCUGGGCCCACACAGAGUUCUUGGGCCAAGGCUGAUGUGGUAAGGCGAAUUAUAAAUCAAUGAUAGCUUUUUGAUGACUCAUUAUUAACGUCUGGAAGCUCCAAAGUUAAAUGAGGCAAUGUAAACCAUUUUAAGAAAACAUGUCUAAUCAAUUAAUAAUGUACUUUAAGGUUGUUUGCUGUUUUUAUUAUGUUUAGAAAAAACAAGUAGAAUUGAGUAUGGCUUAGCUAAGGAUGACUAAUAGCUUCUCAGUUUUCAUUACAAAGAUAAUUAGGAGAACUUACAAUGUGUAAUAUGAAUUGUUUCUUAUUCAAAUUAUUAGCUCGCCUAUGCUAUAAAAAGGGACUUCUUUGUCUUUUAAAAGAAUGUUUGCUAUGGCAGUAAACACAGAUAUGUAUUUAGAUUUAAAUCAGGCAUAGUUCUAAGAAUGUUAUAUUAUCUUAAUCCACUAUCUGAGGUGAGUUAAAUUAUAAGUAAUGUUGUGUAAUCAACCCCAUCUGUAAAAUGGAUCAUGUCAAACAUUAUUUUACCCCAUCAAAGCUUGAGUAGAAACUGUUAAAAGUAAGCUAAAUGUAUGCAGAGAAUAUCACUUAAGAAAAGUGUCACUUUAUGACAUUUGAUCACAGGUAAAAGAUUUCUGAAAACCCUGGGGAGAAAAAAGUGUGAGUGUAGACAUUAAAGUUAGGCAGAUGCUCAACAGAAUAUUUGUAAUUCACAUGUGACAUGCGCAUGAAUCUGAGUUAAGUGUGGCUCCACUCCACACCACACGUUCCUGUGACUACUUAACCAAAUUCAUGACUUCUAAAUACUUGCUACAUGUAAGGAUUUGUACUCAUGCCCAUCACAUGCUGCUCCUCAGCCCUGCCCACCUGCUUACCAGCAUUCUCAGGCCAGAAAUCUGUCAGGAAGUGGGAAAGCCUGCUAUAUUUUUGUUGGUUUUGCUUUUAAUGUUAAUCCUAUUCAAAAGAAAGGUCAAGGUUUUCAUUCAUUCAGUUCGUUCAAGAAAUAGUUCUUGGGCACCCACUAUUUGUCAGGCACUUGCCUGGACUCUGCAGAUAGAGUAGUGAGCCAACACAGACAAAAUCUCUGUCUACGUGAAGCUUACGUUCUAGCAUUUUGAUUUAUUUCAGAGUCUACUUAUUUGCAAGGCUACAGUUUUAGUAAUAGGCUUUAGUAGUAGUUGUUAGGAGGGCUCUCAUCAGUCCUCUCCCUAGAAUAUCAAUCCACAUCCUUAAAACAAAAGCCCAUUAACAGGCCCUCUGCUAGUUCUACAAAGAGCUGGUUCAUAUGUAUUCAAGAAGUGAUGAUCCCUCUAUUAACUCCGCACCUUGCUCUAAGGCUCCUCGCUCUGUGUUUACUCAACCUCUUAAAAGUGACAUUUUGUUGCAACUUUGAACCUUUAAAGAAAAAGCGGAGAAAGGAAAGCACCAUCAGAUCAAUCAAUUUUGUUACUCAGUAGUAGUUCAGAUAUAGAAAUGAUAAGGCAACAUAAUAAUACUUAAUAUUUAAGUAGCUCUUGCCACCUGCCAAUAACUGCUCUAUUAUAUAUAUAUAAAAAUCUUAAGUAAAUAUGUGUAU